AUGUCGGCCGCUCAGGACACCAUUCUCGGUUCGAGCUCCUCUCACGAGGCAGAACACCACAGCAAGCUUCGAGCAGAAGAAGAUGGUGGCUCUAUCGACAAGAAUCUGUACACCACGGCAGCUGAAGAUGAUGUACGAGGCGGUGUUACGAACACAGAGACCGCACACCUCAAGAAAGGUUUGGAACAACGCCAUCUUUCCAUGAUCGCCCUCGCAGGCUCCAUUGGUACAGGUCUCUUUCUCUCGCUUGGUGGUUCGAUUCAGACCGGUGGUCCCCUUGGUGCGCUCCUCGGCUAUGCUGUCGUCGGGAGCAUCGUCUGUGCUGUCCAAUUCGCUCUUGGAGAGGUCUCGGCUCUUCUUCCUGUAACCGGCUCCUUCGUUCGUCAUGCCGACUUCCUGAUCGACCCUGCUUGGAGCUUUGCAGUCGGAUGGAAUUUGGUCUAUGGCAACGUCCUCUCCAUCCCAUCCGAGAUCUCUGCCAUCUGCGUUCUCUUCCAAUUCUGGACCGAUAUCAACUCUUCCCUUUGGAUCAUAAUCUUCAUCCUGCUCACCUUCACGGUCGGAGCAGCCUUCGUCCGCGCAUUCGGUGAAGUAGAGUUCUUCUUCGCUUCGCUCAAGCUCCUCACGGUCAUCUUCCUCAUCAUAUUUGGCCUUGUUGUCAAUCUGGGAGGCAUUCCAGGCGUCGAGCGCAUUGGUUUCAGAUACUGGAAGAACCCCGGUCCCUUUGUCGAUUAUAUCGGUACUGGAUCUUGGGGCAAGUUCCUCGGCUUCUGGUCUGUCAUGACCAAUGCUGUCUUCUCGUUUGCCGGAACAGAAUCUUUGGCUAUGGCUGCUGCAGAGACUCGCAACCCCGGCCGCACUAUUCCUCAUGCCUGCAAGCGCGUCUUCUUCCGCAUCGUAGUCUUCUAUUUGCUCGCUGUUCUAGUUGUUGGUAUGCUGGUCGCAUCUGAUGAUCCUCGUCUGAACGACUACACAGGCACUGCUGCCAUGUCGCCUUUCGUCAUUGCUGUCUCUACAGCUGGCUACUCGGCCGUCAGCUCCGUGAUCAAUGCCAUUGUCAUCACAUCGGCUUGGUCGUCUUCCAAUCAGGCUCUCCUUUCCGGCACCCGUGUCCUUUACGGUCUCGCGCUCAAGCGACAAGCUCCACGCUUCUUCCUACGCACCACCUCCUGGGGUAUCCCCAUCUUUUGCGUCCUAUUCUUCACCGCCUUCAUGUUCUUGAGCUUCAUGUCGCUCUCCUCCGGCGCUCUCACAGUCUUCUAUUGGCUAGUAGCUUUAACAUCUGCUGGUGUCCUCGUCUCUUGGUCGACCAUUCUGUUCAAUCAUAUCCGCCUCAGGACUGCCCUCAAGCGUCAGGGCAUCCCCGCUUCCGAACUUCCCUGGAAUCACGGGUGGACUCUCUUCUCCAGCUACGCCGCACUCGUCAUGUGCCUUAUCAUACUUUUCACUGGUGGCUUCGCUGUCUUUACAUCCGGACGAUGGGACACGAACAGCUUUGUGUCGAGCUACCUUGACAUUCCGCUCGUCAUUCUCUUCUUCUUCGGGUGGAAGCUGAUCAAGAAAACUAAGUGGGUCAAGUUAGAAGAUAUUCCGCUGAGGGAAGUUAUUGACCAGGCGAGAGAGAGAGCCGAACAGGCCGAGCUCGAGCAAGAAGCUGAAGACGCUCUCAAGACAAGCAACAGAACUUGGCUCAAGUUCAUAUCGUGGAUCUGGGACUAG